AAGCCAUUCACCAUCUCAUCACCAGCAUUUUGAUCUGUCUUGUGUGUGACCACCCAUUAAAAUUUCAUUACACUUUUUUAUUAUUCUACUUCGAAAAACAAGAGAAAAAAUAACUCAAACCCAAAAUAAAUAAAAGUCAACUUAAAAUUAAGUGAAAAUCCAAUUGUUAUUAAUUCAAAAACUCUCAAAGCAAUUGAUACAAAGAAAACCCCAAGCAAAUAAAUUCCACAUAAAACACAAAUAGACACGAAAAAACGCUGUGAUAUCUUUUUUUUGGAAAGGAAAAUCAAGAACCCCGAGAACUUUAAAAAAUGACGGAACUACAAAUGGAUUGUGCCCUCGACCUAAUGCGUCGUUUGCCACCCCAGCAAAUCGAGAAGAAUCUCAUUGAUCUGAUCGAUCUGGCUCCAGAUCUCUGCGAGGAUCUCCUCUCGUCCGUCGAUCAGCCCCUGAAGAUUGCCAAAGACAAAGAAGUUGGCAAAGACUAUUUGUUGUGUGAUUACAAUCGCGAUGGUGACUCCUACCGUUCCCCAUGGUCCAACACAUACGAUCCCCCACUCGAAGAUGGCCAAAUGCCAUCCGAAAGACUACGCAAACUCGAGAUCGAAGCCAACUACGCCUUCGAUCAAUACCGUGAGAUGUACUACGAAGGUGGUGUAUCCUCAGUGUAUCUCUGGGAUCUCGACCAUGGUUUUGCAGCGGUGAUUUUAAUUAAAAAAGCUGGCGAUGGAAGCAAGAAAAUCCGUGGCUGCUGGGAUUCGAUUCAUGUUGUGGAGGUGCAAGAGAAAACGACUGGUCGAACAGCACACUACAAAUUAACUUCGACAGCCAUGCUGUGGUUGCAGACAAACAAACAAGGUUCGGGCACAAUGAACUUGGGAGGCUCUCUAACCCGUCAACAGGAGCAAGACGCCAAUGUGAGUGAUUCGUCACCGCACAUCGCCAACAUCGGAAGAAUGGUCGAGGAGAUGGAGAACAAAAUUCGCAACACCCUAAAUGAGAUUUACUUUGGCAAGACAAAAGACAUUGUCAACGGACUGCGAAGCGUUCAGUCCCUAUCCGACCAGCGAGCGCAAGCUGCGAUGAAGAAGGAUCUUGCCACAGCAAUUCUACGUCGCAGUGUUAAGCCUGAGACGAACUGAGAAGAGGGACAAGACGACGAAUCCGAGGACACACAUCAACAAGAAGAGAAUUAUGACAAUUUCUAAGAAAAACAAAAACCGCCGCCGCCACCGCCUCCCUCUCUCAGUCGUCCUGAAUCCAACAAAAUUAAAAAAAAAAGAAAAAACAACCAGUUCCAGCGCUAAGUCUCUUUAAUUUAAAUCAAUCAAAAAAUAAAUAAAACCACAAAACUGAACCCUACUAUAAAAUAAUUAAAUAAAAUAAAAUUAAAUUAAAUAAAA